AUGACUCGCCUAGGGGUAAUUAGUCAUCUCAAGGAUAGCCAUGGAUUUAACUUGACUACCAGCCAGUUUGCAAAAGCAACAAAGCAAUGGGGAUUUUAUAAGCAACCUCGCCAGGCCCGGACAUUAGUCCGGGCUCUUGAAGCAACUGCUUUUCCGGAGCCUGAGCCAUUGGGCGCGAUAUUCGAUAUCGAGGUUGAUGCUCUCGGCGUAGAUGAUGAGGACGAAUCUCUUUUCCACGUUGACAGGACACUUGAUAUUCCCAAGAACGCCAAGGAUGAUGAGAAUUUAUAUAAGGAGCCAUCUCAAAAAGCUGGAGAUACUUCUCUGGAGGCCCAGAAGAGCCACCGGGGAACCAGAGUAUCAAGCAACCGAUGCCACGUAGCGGAUGUCAAGGGUCCAACACGUAUUGCAAACGCACCCAAAGCUCAGAUUCAAUCGACUUUGAGGUUUUCGCCCCCGGGGGUCCUGGAACGAAUUCAAAAAGCGGUUUUGAUUUGUGGUACAGCGCCAGAGUUGUACUUACAUUAUUUGGCGUGCUGCUACCUCUUCCAAGAUUCUUUUAAGUGUAUUACGGCAAAUAUCCGCUAUAGUGGCAAGAUUAUCUCCGAUGAGAAUCUUAUACGCCAGUUCUUGGAUCUUAUGAGGAUUGCCAAAUCAGCGAGCAUGGGUCAAUUUGUUAUCAGCCUGCUUCAAGACUUCCAUCUCCUCGAAGCUGCAGAAGGGGACGCAGAUCAGACAUCAGUCUUGCCGUAUACCACUGCGCAAGAUCGAAUGCUUUUUCACGCCUACUUGUCUGCCAUCUAUUCAGUUAUCCAAGGUCAAGAGAGCCAGGCUCGAAGGCACCUUGGCCGAUUCCGCCAGAUCGGGGAUGAACUCGUCGCAAGUCCGAAUUGUUCCCUCAAUAUGUGGUCUAUUCUUCUUAUACAAGGGGACUCCAACCAUGAAAAUACCCCGGACGAUUUGAUUGAGAGACUCGACAUUGAUGACGGAGAGUUUCUAUAUCUCUUUCGGUUGUGCCUGAGCUUAUGCAAGGAAUGGCUUGAGGUGGUCGAAAAAGGGUUCUCAAGUCAUGCUCUUGUACAGUUCGACAGUUUAUUCCUACAUACAGAUGGUGCGGCAACCUCACAGGAUAUCUCUAGAUUGAUGCAAAAGCAGAGUUGCCUUGAUACGUGGCAAGAGGCGGGAUUCCUUUUUGCUUUCGUUUGGGGCAAUGCGCAGCAAAGAACAUCAAUCUCAUCAUCGUGGUGGAAACAAGUCGAAAUAUCAGGUAUAUCGCCUUCGCAUUUCCUGGCUGUUACAUGCCGGAUGAUUGUCCAUCAAACGACCAUCUCUCCAGACUUGGGAAAGGGAAUCCUAUGGGAACAUGUCACAGAGGAUUUCAUUAGCCUGCUCUAUCUCGAGGAAAUCGACAAUUUCAUAACGAAAACGUUAUCACCGCAGACUAUUAAGAGAGACUUUCUACAACACUUCAUCAAACAUCACACAUGGUCCGAACUAGAACCAGAAGAUAACGGAUCCAUUAAACGUGUCCAAAACUACCAGCAAAGAGUUCUAGAUAACGUGAUUCGACAUAGGACUGAUAGUGCAGAACAUCACUCCUCUAUUCAGGAGACUCCGCCCCAGGCCACGAAUCUCCAAUCAGAUAUCCCAAUGGCCCCAUCCUUUAGUCUGGGUUCUAACAAGUCCAACAAUUCGUCUUCGCGCUCCACAAGCUCGUCACACGGUCGCCAAAGAUACCUCAGCUCACUCAGCAACAAUCCUACAAUGACUCGGUCACCAGCGUCAGGAUCCUCUCGAGGAUCCUCCAUGAAUUCAUUUCGGAGAUUUCAAGGGGCGAGCGCAGCUAUCGCAAUACGUCUAAAAGACUAUCAGGGUUUGCACAUGCAAAGUUUAGAUGAACAAGGCAGCAAUGCUUAG